AUGUCAUCAACAAUAGUUGAAUAUCCACGUAUCACUGAGGUAUCUGGAAAGGAUACCCAGGAGUUGGAAGCAAGUGAGAUGGGAAAGAGAGUGGUUGAUGCCAUCAUGUACGACGGUUUCAAAGACAAGGAAGAAUUUGGAGAACUUGCAGAGACUGGAGUGCCAGACAAGAAGAUUGAGUUGCCAAUCAAGCCGAAUCCCUACUUAAUGAGGAUGGAGGGAUGGGACUUGAUUAGUUUGAAGAAUAUGAUCAAUGUGUAG